GGUUAUAGAUGGGUCUAUCACCGACUUGUGUUGUUUUGUAACUUGUUCUCCUUAGCAUCGUCCGCAACAGACAUUUCUGCGAAACUUCACCUCUAUCCAUAUUUACGCUGUAUAACACCCGACAAUGUCUUUUAAUGCUCACGACAACAUCGUUCUUGUAGCCCCUCGCCCGGUCCGACUGGCUACUUCUACCUACACCCAGUUCCAUCCUUCUAUUGUUCAUCGUCCCCAGCCUCGCUCUUCCGUGCGCCUCGUCUCUGCCCCUCCAGAUGCCAUUGAUCGACUUAGACUUGGCGAGGAGUAUGUCGAUGAGGAGCUUAGAUCUGACCAAUCAGACCGCGAACCUGCUUCACCCCGUCUAUCCCCUCGAUCCAACCUGAGCUCAGAGGCACUGGAGGAGUUUCUGUCCAUCUUGCGCCCUUCCACUACGCUACUGUUCCCACCCACCUCCCCGAUCCUUCGAGCAACUAAAGCUAGUGUUGCAAACGCUUACUUUCCCUAUCGUCGCACCCCUUGCAGCGUUAGUCCAUCUAUUCCUGCUGAGGGUCUCGGAUUGACUGCCCCAGAUGAGAUCGAUAAAGAGAAUGACUCUCAGCCUUUCAGAUACUUUGGGAAAGGACCAUUAGCUUCACCUGUUGCCCGUCACCUAACCCGUAACCCGUUCCAACGUCAUGCAUCCUAUGAGUCCACUGUAACAACGUACAUCUCUACUGGCGCAAAGUCUCCCUCCCCGGUCAAUGCCUCGCUCUCUCCCGCUGCGAUACCGCUUCCUUCACCUGGGCCAGAUGAAGCAGAUCUAUAGGUAGCCACAGGAUGAGUGGCUACCCCACAUCACACACAUCAUCCCACAGUAUACCCACUCAUUAUUGGAUCUGGUUGAUACCCGAUCCGUCCAUUCGUUUCGAAUGUUGACAAUACUAUGUUCUACUAGCUUUCUAUGUACCGGCUCAAUUCCUUCUAUUAGAUAUACUAUAUUUCUUACCCACAAUGUCUCUGUAUUCCUUGGUUAUCAUUGGUCAUUUCUCUCCCUCCUAUUCGCAGUACUAGUGUUCUUUUCCUUGAACAAUUGUGCUAUCAUCUCUCGUCUCACCGCCUUUUUUCACUAGUUAAGUCUCGGGAUGGUUAUAUCUUUCUCUUAGGUUGUGGUAUAUAGUGGACACAUAAUAGUCUCAGUCGAUUUUAUCUCAAAUGAAUAUACUUUCCAUGAUAUCGGUGGCUGCUUGGCGGCAGUCUACGU